UGCAUCAGUUUCUUUUUCUUCGUUUUCUUCUUGUUUGGUUGAUGGACGAAUACUACUUGAAUUCUUCAAUGAAUAAAGUUCUACCUUCCAAAGGAGGAACGAAAAGUGAUGAUUGUGCUGAGGAAAGUGGUUGGACUGUAUAUUUUGAGGACUACUUCUUGUCCAACAACCGAGAAACUACUACUUGUUCUUCUGUUUCUGUGAGCUCUUCCUUGGUUUCUGAUGCCGCUUCCUGUGCUGCAUGGAAGAAGUACUCCUCGGAUCAAAAUGGUGGUGUUGUUGGGUACUCUUCGGAGGUGGGCUCCGAGAAGAGCAAUAAGAAAUUGAGUUUCAAAAAGAGGAGAACCAGAGGAGCUCUGAAUGAUGAUGAUUUGGAGGAUACUGCUAGCUCUCCUGUUAAUAGACCCAAGGUUUGUAAUAUGAAACAGUUGGGUUCUAAUCGAAGAAAGAAAGAUUAUUCUCUAGAAAGGUUUUAGGAGAAGGCAACUACUUCUGGUCAUUGUUCAGAACUGCAGGCAGAUGAUGAG